GCUCGACCGGGCUAGGCUGUGGCGAGCAUGUCUGGUCGUGACUGGCUCUGCGGGGCUGGGUCUGACUGUUUCUGGGUGACCAGGUGGCUGUAGCCUGGUGUUCUGCCGUGGCUGUCCCUGUGGACCCGGGUCUGAUUGUACCUGGCCGUGUGGCGAGCUGCCAAAGAGGACGUGACUUGGUGAUGGAGGCUUUGCUGGAGAGAAUGCAAAAACAAGGGCAUGGAGGCAAGCUGUCUUCCUGCCAGCAGAGGGUUCUUGACGUCCUGCGAGGCAGAGCUGCAGGAGCUGAUGAAACAGAUCGAUAUCAUGGUGGCUCAUAAGAAGUCUGAAUGGGAAGGGCAGACCCAGGCUCUGGAGACCUGCUUACAGAUCCGAGAUCACGAGCUUUCCUCUGUCAAGACUCUGUUGGAUGAGAAACGCAAGGAGGUCGGUAGGUUGCGCCAGCAGUUAGAACACAUGGAGCAAGACAAACAAGGCAUGGCUGUAGAGUAUGAACAGCAGCUGAAGAAGUUUCAAGAAGAGCUAGGCAGGCUGAAAAGAAGCUAUGAGAAGCUGCAGAAGAAACAACUGAAAGAAGCUAGGGAGGGUCCCAAGCGCCAAGGGGAUGACCGGUCCGAAGUGAGCAGAUUGACUAAGAAGAUAGAGGAGUUCCGUCAGAAAUCUCUAGACUGGGAGAAGCAGCGGUUGCUUUACCAGCAGCAGGUGGCGUCACUGGAGGCCCAGAGGAAGGCUUUGGCUGAGCAGUCUGAGCUCAUUCAGCAGACUCAGCUCACCAAUCGAAAGCAGGUGCUGGAAUCUGUGCAACUGGCCAGCCAAUCGGAAAUCCAGCAUUUAGCCAGCAAGCUGGAGCGAGCCAAUGAUACCAUUUGUGCCAAUGAGUUGGAGGUGGAGAGGCUUAACAUGAGAGUGGAUGACUUGACUGGAGCCAGUCAGAAGAUUCUGGAGGAUCACCAAAGAGUGCAAGAAGAGCUGGGGCAUUCUAAGAAAAUGCUGGAGGUAUUACAGGAGGAGAAGUUGGAGCUGAGAGUCACUCUGCAGUCACAGGAGGAUUUCAUUAAGAGCUCAAAGAUGCAUCAGGAGCAGUUACAGAAGGAGCUGGCCAGCAUAACUGAAACCCUGCACAGCAAGGAGCUCCUUAUCAGGUCACUGGAAGAACACCUGCAUGAGAAACAGCUGUCACAAGAGUUCCCAGAGCUGGAGCACGUACUCCUGCAGUUGGAUCUUGCACAGAAGAAUGAAAAGAACCUACAGUCAGAGGUGGCUCGUCUUGAGGGCAGCCUGGGAGCCAUAAAUGCCAGGUGUAUACAGCUGAGCAAGGAGCUGAUGGAGAAGUGCAAAGAGCUGCGGGUGAUGGAAGAACACCACUGCCAGGCCAAGGCUGAGAUUAAGAAGCUGAAGGAGCAGCUGUCUCAGGCUGAACAAACUCAUAACAGUGAGCUAGAAGGGAUGAAAAAGGAGAUCUCCCAGCUGACUCAGGCACUGCACCAGCGUGACAUUGCUAUCGCCUCGGCCAGCGGGUCCACUUCUGACAUGGAGCAACGAAUGAGAAUGGAGAUUGAAAGGCUAGAGAGGAAAGCUGUGGAGCACAGGGUGAUUCUGGUUCAGUUGGAAACCCUGAGGCUGGAGAACCGUCACCUCUCUGAGAUGUUGCAGAAGGUGGAGUCUAGUGUGUUGGGGGCAAAAGAUGUCCCUGUAGCAGACAUCCAAGAAAGCUACACCACAGCACUAAAUAAAUUAGAGGCUGAGAAUCAGCAACUACAGAAGGAUCUGGCAGAGACUAAAGCUAAGUUAGAGUUCUCCACUCAGAUCUGCCGGGACAAGUGUGAGAGCAUCAUGCAGCAAAUGCAAAGCAAAGUGACUGAGAUCAAGGAUACAGAAAGCAGAAGAACCCAGGAGCUGCAGCACAAACACGAGGAAGAAAGAAGGAAACUGCAGGCCAGGCUUGAAAAGACCAUUCAGCACUACAAAGGGGAGAUCCAGACUCUGAAAGCCCAGCAUGUGUCACCUGGGAUGGGCGCUGUGUCUGGUGCAGCAGGUGGACUGAGCCCCCACAUCAGCAGGAGCAGCUCUAAGGAAUCCCUGUCCUCUGACUCACUGCUGGGAGCAGACCCUUUGCCCCCUGCGCUGGAUGGAAAACAAGAUUUCACUGAUGAUGCAUCCAGGGAGUCAGUCUCCAGUCAACAGAGAGAAGUUGUGCCCUUGUGCCCCCUGCCUACAGCUCCAAUUGGCUCAAUAGCAGCAAGGUUUUUGGAGGAGGAGGAAGUGAGAUCUCAGCAUAUCCUGGAACGCUUAGAUGCUCACAUUGAGGAACUGAAAAGGGAGAGCGAAAGGACAGUGAAACAGUUCACACGCCAGAAGUAACAGCUCUUCAAGGUCUCUGGAUUUGAAGACUGGUUUAACUAAACCACAUCAAACUGAGGGGGAAGGUACUCAUGAGCCUAAUAUAACUCAGAGCUUGCAGGAGAGAUGUCCCCUCAUUCCCCAAGCUGAAUUAGCAGUGUGGAAAACAAGGAAAUCAUGCUCGUCUCUGGAGCAAAACACUUUGCCUGGCGGGAGUGAUUGUGCUGGUGAAAGUACAUCUCCAUCUGAAACACUGGCCCAGGAGGCUAGAGGUCUCUGUUCCAGGAGAGUGUGUGUGUGUUCACUGCCAUGGAGAUUGUGAUGUCUUCCCGGAGUAAAUUCCAGUAUAAACUAUUUAUUGAAAAUUAUUUUUUAUCUGUAAAAAGGAUAAAUAAAAGCAAAAGCGGA